ACUGCUGGGCUCCAAGUAGGGAGCGAUACAAAAGGCAGAGAAGCAAACCUCCGAGGGAGAGAGAGAGAGAGAGUGUGUGUGUGUGUGAGAGUUAUGAGGACGCCAUUGGCGAUCUAGGGUUUGAAAAUCGUUCCUCUUUUCCUCUUCUUCCUGGAUCUCCGAGCUAAGACUGAAGUAAAAGAUGGGUAUUUGCUACGGGAAGCUCGCUUCGCCGGAGAACCAUGACCCAUCGUUGUCUCCGACGCCCAAGAAGAAGGAAGAAGUGUCGACAAAGAAGGAAGGUGAGGGGGAGCCGGGGGUGACGGUUGCGGAGGAGAGGACAUCUAAGCCCUGGACCUCCCCUUUCUUCCCUUUCUAUAGCCCCAGUCCUGCCCACAGCCUCUUCUCCAAGAAAUCCCCCUCCGUCGCCUCUGAAGGUGGUGGGUCGGCUACGGCCACUCCGAGGAGGUUCUUCAAGAGACCGUUCCCGCCGCCGUCUCCGGCGAAGCACAUCCGGGCCCUCCUCGCCCGGCGGCAUGGGUCGGUGAAGCCAAACGAGGCGGCCAUUCCCGAGGACGAGGGGGAGGAGGGGCGUGCAGUGGCCGGGCUGGAUAAGAGCUUCGGGUUCUCUAAGGGGUUCACGAGCAAGUAUGAGAUCGGUGAGGAGGUUGGGCGUGGGCAUUUUGGGUAUACGUGCACCGCCAAGCUCAAGAAGGGCGAGAGCAACGGGCAGCAGGUGGCGGUCAAGGUCAUCCCGAAGGCUAAGAUGACUACUGCCAUAGCUAUUGAGGAUGUCAGAAGAGAGGUGAAGAUUUUAAGAGCCUUGACAGGGCAUAACAACCUAGUCCAUUUUUAUGAUGCCUAUGAAGAUAAUGACAAUGUUUACAUAAUAAUGGAGUUAUGCGAAGGAGGAGAGCUGCUAGAUAGAAUUCUUUCGAGGGGUGGAAAAUACUCGGAAGAUGAUGCAAAGGCUGUCAUGGUACAGAUACUGAAUGUUGUUGCAUUCUGCCAUCUCCAAGGAGUGGUUCACCGUGAUCUUAAACCGGAGAAUUUUCUUUUUACUUCCAAGGAUGAGAAUUCCCAGCUGAAGGCUAUAGAUUUUGGCUUAUCAGACUUUGUAAAACCAGAUGAAAGGUUGAAUGACAUUGUUGGUAGUGCAUAUUAUGUUGCACCCGAAGUUUUGCAUAGAUCUUACAGCACAGAAGCAGAUGUGUGGAGUAUUGGCGUAAUUGCAUAUAUUCUUCUAUGUGGCAGUCGCCCAUUUUGGGCUCGAACAGAGUCUGGUAUCUUUAGGGCAGUAUUAAAAGCUGAUCCAAGUUUUACAGAACUUCCUUGGCCUUCUCUCUCCCCCGAGGCCAAAGAUUUUGUGAAGCGCUUGUUAAGUAAGGAUCCACGAAGAAGAAUGACGGCUUCUCAAGCUCUAUGUCAUCCGUGGACUAGAAAUUACAAUGAUAUCAAAGUUCCACUAGAUAUCCUUAUAUUUCGACUAAUUAAAGCUUAUCUACGUUCGUCAUCUCUCCGUAAGGCUGCUUUAAGGGCUUUGUCAAAGACAUUGACUGUAGAUGAAUUAUUUUAUCUCAAGGGACAAUUUUCUCUAUUAGAGCCUAACAAAAAUGGGUGCAUAACUCUUGAAAAUAUCAAGUUGGCCUUGAUGAAAAAUGCAACUGAUGCAAUGAAGGAAUCACGCGUUCAGGAAUUUCUUCUUUCGCUCAGUGCUCUUCAAUACAGAAGAAUGGAUUUUGAUGAGUUCUGUGCAGCUACAUUAAGUGUUCAUCAGCUUGAAGGUCUGGAUAGAUGGGAGCAACAUGCCCGUUGUGCUUAUGAGCUUUUUGAGAAGGACGGCAAUCGGGCUAUUGUAAUCGAAGAACUUGCCUCGGAACUAGGCCUCGGCCCUUCUGUACCUGUACAUGCUGUUCUACAUGAUUGGAUAAGGCACACUGACGGGAAGCUAAGUUUUCUAGGAUUUGUAAAGCUGUUGCAUGGUGUGUCUAGUCGAUCAGUCCAAUCCCUGGCGAAGGCACGAUUGUGUGCAGAUGGUAGCAGAUGAAUGCAAGUUAAUGGGGGGAAAGGGUCCUCACCACCAAAGACUGCUGCUGCAUGUUGAUGUCUUACCGAUCCCAUAGUUGUGGAGAAUCAGAUCAUUCCAAAUCUGUUGUCCAUAAUCUUGUUUCACGAUUCGAUCAUGAGUUUCAACGCUGCAGUUGGUGGCAUGUUAGUACUUGGUUAACUCUUUUAAGUUUCAGUAGAAUGGAUCUUCUCCACCAAAGAUGCUAUGUGUUAUCCCGCUAGCCUAGAAGGGGGGGGGGGGAAAAAGAGGUGCUGUUUCUAAUAUUAACUACAUCUGGUUGAUCUCAAAUUAAAUGAAAAUGGUUUUCUUGUGUGCUAUA